UCCCAUCGUAUUCAGUAUUAGAGUUGGGCAUCCCACCCCUCAUGUUCCAGCCCUCCCAAUCCAAUCUCACUCCUUCUGGACGGUUGUCGACAUCUCACUCUCUUCACCACGGCCAAUUGACCUCGGCGCCAUCUCCAACGAGGAAGCCGACGCCUCCUAUGUCGAUCCAGGGUCUGCCUGCACUGUGCAAUCCUUCCAUCCGCUAGCCUCGACUCCCAAGUUCCCACAAGAUCGGCACUAUUCCCCAUCGUCAUCUCCCAAGUCUCCCCCAGUACCGUUCCAUUGCCGCAUGAGUGUCAUCACUUCUUUCCCCCACCGCAGCUUUGGGUCGGGAGGCAGUCGCCGCGAUCCACUUGACGCCUUCCAUUCCAAUUACUCGCUGCUUGGUUGACUCUUGCCCAACCUCAUCGCUCCUGCUGCUGCGCCGGAUUGCAAGUACGAAGGGAGAUGGACCCUCCAUCUGCGACUUCCAACCUGCGUGAACGUCCUCGUCCUCGACAAGCCACAUCCUGACGCGCUUGGAACCCCUCGAGGCCCCUCAACCUUUCCAUCCCCUUCCGCCCAUCGUGCCAGGCAUCUUAGAAUACUUGGUGAUUGUCCCUUGUUCACCGUUCCUCCCCGCAAUUCCAGCCCGCCUUCGCUCCCACUCCUAUCAACACCAUGGCUUGGUUCAUGAGGGGCGUACAGUCGGCCGUCUUCCACUACAUAUCAUGCGCGCCAUGCCACGGCUACUCCGAUCGGAAGCAGAAGCGCAAGCAUGCCAAAGAGGCACGCCAAGUCAGAAUGAAGAUGCAAUUGGAACGCCCGGAACUGUACCAUCAUCCGGAACCCACGGGUACCAAUCCUUACUGGCAAGAAGAGAUCACCAUGGGCCCUGGUCCCCCGCCACGCCGUGCUCGACGUACAAACACCAGCAGUACGCGCGGCAUCACUUCUGCGGGUACGCAAAGUUCCGCCGUGAGCCAGGGGGGCAACAGCAUAGAUGCCGGCCCAUAUCCCGAACUGCGGUUGAGUGAUGACACUCUCAACGAAGACGAUGAGAAGUGGAACCACAAGCGCUACCAGCGGGAGGAUGAGGAUCUAUGGGGCUCCGAACCAGUGGUACCUGUCCAGUCUGCCUUGUCCGGUUCAUCCGUCGGUGUAACUGGCCUCACACGACCAACUCCAUCUCGAUCAGAAAGUCACUGUUCGGUUCGAGCACCUCCGGUAAACGACCUACAUCCUCCCAUUGUCAGCCUGCCGUCACCGCGCCCGACAGACAAUCGCUGGAUGUUGCAACCCCCUCCCAAAGCCGCAGUCAUGAGUGGCAAGGAGCGAGCAACCAACCGAAGCCGAAGUGGUAGCGGGGCAAGCAGCCGCGUGGAAUUGAGUCUCCAGCGGCAAGUGAGCGUUCGUCAAGCGAAGAACAAACUCAACCACGGAGAGUCUCCGAGGUCCAUAUCCCGAGGAAGCUCCUACAGCAAUCUACUCUCAGGUCAGCGCCAUGAUAGACCGAUAACGCCCCAAACACGACCCAUCUCAGCAGCCAGCUCACGUAGAAAGCGCCGCGACACAACCAUGGCUAAGACCGAGCCUGGCGAGCAUUCUUCCUACGAUUCAAGUGAUAACUCCAUAUACCCCACAUCCCUAUCCCGAUCUCAAACUGGACCCCCUACUUCUAAAUCUCUGGGCGUCCGCAUCAGCCGCCAACAGCUUUCUACCGUGGUAUCCAGCGGUUCCGGAAACCCCUCCACCCCCUCGCCUACCACCAUCAGCUUCGCCGCCGCUGCCGAGAACGACGACGCAUCCUCCAAGAAACCGUUCCCCCGUGCCCAGCGUCCAAGCUACACCUCCGCGGUCUCCUCCGAUGCCCUCGUUCCGUCCUCCACUAAGCGCCGCGGUGCCGGUGCUACUAUUGCCAACCGCAACCCGUCUUCCGACAAAAACUCCCUUACCUCGCUGCAAAACCUCGUCGAGCCCGAUGCGUUACUGAAUACCCGUUUCGUCUCCGCGCCCCUCCUCGAAGCUAAGAUCAAACUCCCACCGUCCGAUCAAGAUGAGGAGAAGAACCUGGGACGUGCCGUGUUUGCGGGUAACGGAUUGAAAAUCGGAACCCACGGCAAGAUGUGGGGCGCUGAGAUGGUCGAUGGCGCCGAAGUUAGGGUUCCGUUUGAUCGCUCCGACAGCUCUUCAGAAGCGCCAAGGGAUCCUAGUAUGAGGUGGUCUGUCGACUUUUGA